AUGCCCGACUGGCGUUCCGAAUACCUAGCCUCCAUCAGAGAGCAGGAGAAGAACAACCCCGUUAAUCUUGAGAUCGUCCAACUCUGCUCCCAACUGUCCGAUCGCGUCGCAGCCCUCGAAGCCGAAAAAGAGGUCCUCAGGUCCAAAAUCUCGCCCGACAAAACCUCCUCCGAAAAGCCGAGCAUCCAUGCUGCCACCUCAAACGAGCCCAGCUCCGACCCAAGCGUCGCGCAGCUUCAGCUCCAGCUCGCCGAGGCCCUGCGGUCCAACGGCGCGCUAAAAGACCGCGCAAAGGCGGCUGAGGACGAGGUCCAGGCGCUCCGCACCAAUAGCAAGGAGGACGCGAGGAAGCUCAGGAGCCUGACGGCCGACAACACGGCGCUGACGACGAAGCUGCGGGACCGGGAGCACGAGCUCCGCGAGAAGCGCAAGCUGGUCGAGAACGUCCAAGACGAGAUGAUCACUAUGAACCUCCAAAUGUCCAUGGCCGAGCAGGAGCGGGACAAGGUCAAGAAGGAGAACAAAGAGCUCGUCGACCGCUGGAUGAAGAGGAUGGCCCAGGAAGCCGAGGCCAUGAACCUCGCAAACGAGCGUUGA